AACAGCACCUGCACUUCAGGCCAUUUCUCUCUGGGUUGUAAACAUGAACCGAGCUCAACAACAACGCUAAGUUAAACUCACAUUCAAAGAAGCCUUUAUCAUUGCUAAAGCCUAAAGUAUGCUGGGAGAUGUGGUUGGAAGCAAGCUUUAUUGAAAAGCCUCUGAGACUGGAGGUGGCAGCAGCGCCGAAGUCGCGCUUCAUUCUGCUCCACUACAGUGUGCCGAAAGCCCUGUGGGACUGGCUAAUUCUUUUUGGCACUUUCUACCUGGCUGUCACCGUGCCCUACAACGUCAGCUUCACGACCGCCGAUCACACCGCUAUAGAUGCACCCUUGACUUUCAUCGCAGACGUUGUAGUGGAAUUGCUCUUUAUUGCAGACAUUGUGCUGAACUUCCGCACAACCUAUGUGGACAAGUCAGGGAAGGUGGUGUAUGACCCGCGCUCCAUAUGCAUUCACUACGUCAUCACCUGGUUCUUUGUGGACCUGGUUGCAGCCCUGCCCGUUGACCUGCUGUAUGCUGCGCACAUCCCAGUGAGCUCCUUCGUCCACCUGCUCAAGACUAUACGUCUGCUGCAUUUCCUUCGCCUGUUUCAGAAAUUGGAACGCUACUCUCAGUACAGCGCCUUGGUGCUGACUUUACUAAUGUCAGUCUUUACUCUGCUGGCACACUGGAUGGCCUGUAUCUGGUACGUGAUUGGACGCAUGGAAAUGGCAAACGUAAAGACUUGGCACAACGGGUGGCUCUUUAAACUGAGCGAACAGCAGGAUAUGCCCUUCUUCAACAGCACGGUGGGGGGCCCGUCGAUGUACAGCUCCUACAUCGCUGCCCUUUAUUUUUCCCUCAGAAGCCUGACCAGUGUGGGCUUUGGCAAUAUCAGUGCCAACACCCGUGCUGAGAAGAUCUUCUGCAUCUGCACCAUGUUUGUUGGCGCGUUGAUGUACGCCCUGGUGUUCGGUAACGUGACCAUCAUCAUCCAGCGUAUGUACUCACGCCGUUCUCUUUACGACACAAGCAUGAAGGACCUGAAGGACUUCAUCCGUCUCCACCAUCUGCCUGAGAAGCUCAAAAAUCGCAUGCUGGAGUACUUCCAGUCCACAUGGUCUGUCAACAGUGGCAUAGAUGUCAACGAGGGAGUACCUCAUCCGUCAGGGCGACGUGCUGCAUGCCCACUACUAUGUCUGCUCUGGGUCUCUGGAGGUGCUGAACGACACCACGGAGAAGGGAACCUGUUUGGGGCUGACCUGCCUGGACCAGACCAGGUGAUCAAGACCAAUGCUGAUGUGAAAGUGCUGACAUACACUCACCUUCAGUAUAUCAAUCUGCGUCACCUGAAAGAGGUGCUGGGACUCUACCCCGAGUAUGCCAGUGUUUUCGCCUCAGGCAUCCGCAACAACCUCACCUAUAACCUGUGUGAGGGCAGCCAGGACCAGGAACCCAGGCGCCCCUCUAUUUUGGAAACACAAGGGGACUCUGAUAACUCCGUCCACCUCACUCCAGCAACCCGCUCCCGUCGCCCUCUCCAGCUACACAGCUUCAGCAGCCCCGUUCGCCGUAUCUCCCAGGGGAACCUCCUGCGGAUUGAGUUGCAGCAGUUCAGCGCACUGCGAGACUGCUGUUUACCAAACCUCAGCCGUGGCCUUCGCGGGCAAAGCUUAUCCCCUACAGCCACCCAAGCCUCAGCCUCAGCUGAGGGAGAGUCAGGGGCUCAGCAAAAGCCUUCAGGUCUCAGACUCCACUCAGACUGAUGAGGUCAGACAGAGCAUCAUUCAACUCAACAACAAGAUGACAACACUAAACCAGAGAGUAUCUGAGCUCACCCGGGGAAUACACCACCUGAUGGAUGUCCUCCAUACCCACGGAUCUGUGCAUCACGACGAAGCCUCCCUUGCCUCAUACCCGUAUGGCGUCCAAAUGCCGAUGGCUCCUGGGAGCCGUGACGGCCACAUCCACCAAAUUGUCCCACCUGCUGGCCACUGGAGCCACAGUGAAGCUGCUGAAACCCAAACAGAGACCCACCUAAGGCCUGAUGGUGAUGAAUCCUCUUGCCUUUUGUCCUGUUCCCCUACAAGCACAUCCACACACAGCCGGCUGGACUCGUCUUCCAGUUCGUACAGCUCCAUUUUAGAAAUAAUCUUACUCCACCCUGCGUCUGCCUCUCCAUCCAUGUUGCCAGACCAUCCUCUUGGAUCCUCCCUGGAUUCAGGAUCAUUGUGAUCAGAUGCUCUCGAGCCCCACCUUCCACUCUGCGACCCAUCUGCCAUAGGACACACCAGUCUGGAGUGCCUCCAUGGAAACCUGUUGAUUGUGUACACAGAUAUGUUUUAAUUUACUGAAGGACAAAUGACACGUGCUUCACCGUGCAUACAAAGAACAGAAUAGAUGUAAAGUAUUUUUUUGUUCUGCAUUUUAUUUAGAAUUCCAUUGAGCAUCUCUAGUUGUUAAAGAUCCAACUAGAAAGAUCCUUCGAGAGAGUUCAAUGUUUCCUAUGUUUUCCUCACCAUUAAAGAUUACGCUGUGAAA